AUGGUCAACAGCCUCUGGUUCAAGUGGAAAGGCCUCCGGCUACCCUGGCGGAAAUCCUUCUUGGUCGGCCAGGAUCUCGCCGGAAACACAUUCUGGGAAUUCAAGGAUCAAUUAAAUGCCGGUCGAUACAGACGGAUCGUUAAAUUCGACCCUAAAACACACUACGGAGAUGUUCAGGUUACUCCGCAAUGGCAUCAAUGGCUCCGAUACGUCCGACCGACACCCCCGACCAUCGAAGAACAGCGGCAAGACCUAGUUCGCCAGGCGCAAAUGAAAGAACUCGCCCGACUCGCCGACGAGCGCUGGGCCAGCAAACCCUCCUUCCUCGAUAAACCAAAGACUCAGCAACAGACCCCCGGAAUUGGUGCGGAGCCCGCGACCAAUGCAAACACCGGACCAGUCCCUGUUUCUGCCGAUGCACCUUCAUCUUCUACUCGAGCGCCACAACCCAACCCUACAAGCACGCCACCGAAGACCCGCAAGGAAGAGAACCCGUGGGCAAAGGCAGACAGACAGGUCCCUGGGGGUAAUUACCAGCCUGAGGCAUGGUCUCCUACUUCCAAACGGUGA